AUGAGAUCGCCCAGCCAGAUGAGUAUCGCCCAGCUCGAUGAGGCUAAGAUCCGUAUCAGCGCUCUGAGGUCAGUCGUCGACCUGCUGCUGCUCUACGGCUUCACACUGCUGUCUGAACGCCCCGGCGCCGCCCCCCAGACCUCCCAUUCGCCAGCCAACCAGGAAGACCAGGAGAAGGGGGAGGAGCCGGAGGAGGGGAGCAGCACCGCUCAGUCCAUCCUGAUGAUGCUGUCCGACUUCCUGGACAGCGAGGUAUCUGAGCUGCGUACCGAGACAGCGGAGGGUCUGGCCAAACUGAUGUAUUCCGGCCGGAUCUCCAGUGCCAAGCUCCUCUCCCGAUUGGUGUUGCUAUGGUACAACCCCGUCACCGAGGACGACACCAGACUACGCCACUGCCUCGGAGUGUUCUUCCAGCUGUACGCCCGGGAGAGCAGGGCCCACCAGGAGUGUGUAGAGGAGUGCUUCCUGCCCACCCUCCAGACCCUGCUGAAUGCCCCGGCUACGUCCCCAUUGGCCGAAGUGGACGUUACCAACGUAGCAGAGCUGCUGGUGGAGCUGACACGGCCCAGCUCUCUCAUAAAGCCUGGAGACCCACAGGAGGUGUGUGUCCAUGACCACCUGGCAGUGCGUGUGUGUGGUGAGAUGCUGAAGGACCCGUCAGCUCCCGAAGUCCGUCUCUUCGCCAAAGUCCUGAACAGUCUGGAGCUCAGUGCUGAUGGCAACACAACUAGAGACCUGGUGACCCUGUUACAACAAGUUACUCAGGAGGUGAAGGAUCGUAUCGCUCUGCGUGCUGUGGAGAAGCUGAUUGGACAACUGCAGGACUCCAACAACCAACCAGAUCUCAGCACUACGACACUACAGCCUGUAGCUGUCAACACUGAGGAGGCUGCCAACCAGGACCUGGACCAGUCUGCCAAGAGGCCCAGGAGAGGUCAGAGGAAACCCUCCACAGUCAAAGGAGCCAAGAAGUCCAGCAGAUCGGCAGAGUCCUCAGAGGAGAGUGAUGGGGAGAAUGUUCCAGACUCGGUGCCGGUACCCCGUCCGUCCCGCCGGGCCAAGACGCCAGCUUUGGACAAAACCAGACUGGACCUCAGUGCCCUCAUCAACCAGGAGGCCAACACCUCGUAGAGUCCCACGUCAGAUAGGGUAGAGAGGUCAGGAUGCCUAGUGGAAUCAGUAAUGUAUCAGAGUAGUGGACAUGUAGAUCAACAGGUUUAGAGACAGAAGGAAUUCCUAUCAUCAACCUGAAUGAAAAAUGUGCUUUUAUUGGAUUAAAUAAACUAUUAAACUUCCU